GUAAAUAUUCAUAUGGUUUUAGUUUCUGUUUAAGUAAAGAAGUGCAUAAACGUUUCUACUAUGGUGUUUCUUAACAUAAAAUAUUUAUAUGUCGUUAUUUAUGGUUUUGCAUGGUUUUGCAAAGUCAACGCUGGUGAUUCGAAUGUUUCAAAUCAAAUAAGCAUAAACGGAGCGGAUAAAAACAACGUGAAUAUAGCAAAUAAGGUCAAUAUAAACCAGGCAACAGGUGCUCCAUAUCACGGACACUUCUCAGGCAUUCCGGGAUAUCACUUAAGUUAUCCUUAUUACAUUCCACAAAAGAAUCCCAAUUUAUAUCCGCAACAACAGAUUGGAUCCCGACCACCGAACAAUUUAUGGUCACCAUCAAUUUACCAACCAUCUCAGACAUAUCCAUCUAAUGAAAUAUCUCAAGGAGGCAAUAAUCAAUAUCAGCCACAAUCACCGAACUUACAAACCCAUGCAAAGCCUUACCCGCAAUCCCAGGCAUAUCCAUCUUAUCCAAUACCUCAAGCAGGCAAUCAACCUCAAGGAUACCCAAUACCUCAAGGUAGCAACCUUCAUUACCAGCAAGCACCAACUAGCUUACAAACCAAUACACAAACUUACUUGCCACUUCAGACAUAUCCAUCUUAUCCAAUAGCUCAAGGAAACAACAAUCGACCUCAAGGAUACGCAAUACCUCAAGGAAAUAACAAUCAAUACCAGCAACCACCACCUAACUUACAAACCAAUACACAACCUAACCCGCCACCUCAAGCAUAUCCCUCUCACCCAAUACCUCAAGGAAGCAACAAUCAAUCUCAAGGAUACCCAAUACCUCAAGGAGUCAACAAUCAAUAUAAGUCACCACCACCGAACUUACAAGCCAAUAUACACCCUCAAUCACCACCUCAAAUAUAUCCAUCUUAUCCAAUAUCUCAAGGAGGCAACAAUCAACUUCAAGGACAGCCAAUACUUCAAGAAGAGAACAAUCAAUAUCAACCACCACCACCAAACUUCCAAACCAAUACACAACCUUACUCGCCACCUCAGACAUACUCAUCUUAUCCAAUACCUCAAGGAAACAAAAAUCAACCUCAAGGAUACCCAAUACUUCAAGGAAGUAACAAUCAAUAUCAGAGACCACCACCAAACUUACAAACCCAUACACAAUCUUAUCAGCAACCACAGACAUAUCCAUCUUAUGCGAUACCUCAAGGGGACAUCAAUCAACUUCAAGGAUACCCAAUGGCACAAGGAGGCAACAAUCUAUAUCAGCAAUCACCACCGAACUUACAAACCAAUACACAGUCUUAUCUGCCACAUCAGUCGUAUUCAUCUAAUUCAAUACCUCAAGGAGGCGAGAUUCAACCUCAGCCAGAACCAGCGAAUUUACAAUCCAACAUACAGCCUUAUCCGGCACAUCAGACCUAUCCAUCUGUUCCAAUACCUCAAGAAAGUAACAAUCCACAUCAGAGACCACCGACGAAUAUUCAAACAAAUACGCAGCAUUUUUCACCACCUCAGACACAUCUAUCUAUUCCAAUACCUCAAAGAGAUGAGAUACAAGUUCAGCAAGAACUAACGAACUUACAAUCCAAUACACAUCCUUAUCCUGCUCCUCAGGCUUUUCCAUCUAAUCCAAUUCCUCAAGGAGGCAACAAUCAACCUCAAGCACCACCAUUGAACCUACAAACCAAUACACAGCCCUACCCACCACCUCAGACCAAUCCAUCUAUUCCAAUACCUCAAAGAGACGAGAUUCAAUCUCAGGAAUGUUCUUGUGGAGAAAUCUACCCAUCACCUGCAAACGUUUCGGGACAAGGCCAGCAAUUACCAGGACAAAAUCUCGGAUCAAGAGCUCUUCAUCAGGGCUACCACCAAACCAACUUAAGGUAUUCUCAACCAUCGCAGAUUUACCUAUCCAAUCGAAUAUUUCAAGAAAGCCUACAUCAGCCAUCACUACUAUAUUUACGACAAAAAUUACCACUUAUGAAAGAAAAACGUGAGAAAUGUGUUUGUCCAGCAGAAAAAAUCAGCUCUCAAGAACAGAUAAUCAACCAACAAAAUCCUUCCGACUCACAAGUCAACAUGCAGUCAGGAACUGUCAAGCUCCGUCCUAAGGAAAUUCAUAGCGAAGAACUUGAUUGAUGUAGGUCGUUAUUUUUCUUUUAUUUUUUAAUAAAGUAAAAAGAAAUUGAAUGCCUAUAUUGAUACUAAA